GGCCCGCGCCCCUCCCCCACGGGACUCGUUGGGUUUUCAUUUCAAAAUCCUUCUCUUCCUUCCCCCCUUUUUCCGACCCGCCCCUUUGUCUUCCUCCGCGGAUAACAUCAGACCCUGGGCCCGGCGUCCCGGAUGCCAAGCGGACGGCCGGCCGGGCGGUUUAAUUGGAAUUCUUCAAAAUGUCUGAUAUAGUCCCCACAGCUCCUAAGCAACCUGCAGAUGAAACAGAGAAUCAAAUAAAGUCACCUGAUCCAAGGCCUGGUGCCCCUCCUGAGUACAGUUCCAGUUUUGUACCAGGGCCUCCUGGACCAGCUAUCCCUCCACCUGCAGGCUACCCAGGAGGCUUGCCUAUGGGAUACUAUGGUCCACAUCAGCCCAGUACCUUCCCCCUGUACAUGCAGACUGGAAGUAUCCGCCCCAUCCAAUACCAGCCUGGAAAAUAUCCUGCACCACAACUUUCUGCUCCAGUAGUAUGGAUGCCAGUGCCAACUCCCAUACCACACUGUCCUCCGGGUCUGGAAUGCCUAGCCCAGUUGGACAACAUACACGUUCUUCAACAUUUUGAACCCCUGGAAAUGAUAACAGGUUUUGAAACUAAUAAUAGAUAUGAUAUUAAAAACAACACGGGCCAGAUGGUUUACUUUGUGACUGAAGACACAGAUGACUACACCAGGAAUGCUUACCGGACAUUGAGGCCCUUCGUGCUCCGGGUCAUGGACUCUAUGGGCCGAGAAGUCAUGACAAUGCAAAGACCUUUCAGAUGCACCUGCUGCUGCUUCUGUUGCCCCUCUGCCAGGCAAGAGCUGGAGGUGCAGUGUCCUCCUGGCGUCACCAUUGGCUUUGUAGCCGAACACUGGAACCUGUGCAGGGCAGUGUACAGCCUCCAAAAUGAGAAGAAAGAAGAUAUGAUGGGAGUACUUGGGCCAUGUUCCACCUAUGGCUGUGGUUCAGAUUCUGUUUUUGAGAUCCUGUCCCUGGAUGGUAUUUCCAUUAUUGGCAGUAUCACUCGGAAGUGGAAUGGUGUGUUAUCAGCAAUGAGCGAUGCUGACCACUUUGAAAUUCACUUCCCAUUAGACCUGGAUGUGACCAUGAAAGCCAUGAUUUUUGGCGCUUGCUUCCUCAUUGACUUCAUGUAUUUUGAAAGCUCUCCACCACAACAUUCAAACAUUCAUCAUGAUUGAUGGAACCACGCAUCAACAAUGAUGAUUAAUUAAAGAAAAAUUUAGAAAAGUUGCCUGGGCUCAUAGUCAGCCCUCAACUAUUCACAAAUAUAUUUAUCUGCUCUUGCAGAUUAAUGUUGUUGGACGUUAGCAUUGACAGGUAGGCUGAGAGUGUAAGUGGAAGAACACAUCUAAACGUGUUUCAGUUGCGUAUCUGUCUACUUGGUCGACGUGGAGUUUAUCAUGAAAAAACUAUGACUAAUUAACCAAGUCUAUAUAUAUAUAUGUGGUGAACUUGGAAACACUUUAAACAUAAGAGAAAAUGAAUCCCAAAGCUCUUACACUAAUUGAUAGUAAAAUUAUGGUCUUUUAAGAGCAAUCUUUGUUGAGAUAGAGUCAUGUAGGCUCUAUCUCCAACCCUUUCCUCUCCAUCAUGUCCAGUUGCUGAAGACAAAUUUGAUUUCAGGUGAAAAGAAUGAUACACUUC